UUGUUUGCCAGACUUCAAAUCGUUGGGGUUUUUUUCAUACGGAACUCUUUCUAACAAUUUCUUUUACGAUAUUGUUGCUAUUUUCUUAAUUUGAAGUCGUCAUCAGCUGUUGGGUAGAAAAUAUAUAAAGAAAAGUGAAAAAAUUCCAUAUCUACAGUUAAGAGGAGCAGUAAAAUAUUUUCUAAAUAUCAUCAUCCACAACAGCAGCAAACAUGGGGCUCGAUAAAUUAGUACCAUGUUCCGUCCAAUUGGCGAAAAUGAUUCAGAAAUCCGGUUGUGAUGUUCUCUGCAUUAUUGAUCGUCAAAUACCCAGUGAAUUGACUGAACAAUUUAAUGAAUUUCGUUCAUUCGAUAAGGCUUUCGAUUCGGUGGUAUCUUGCUUUAAAUCGAAAAAAUUAGAUUUACCUGUUGUCUAUUCACCUGUUCCCGAAUUAUCGGAUUAUCAUGAUGUUAGAUGUUAUCAACAGGCUGCUGCUAAAUCUCUACAAAGAGCCAUUAAGGCCGGUUUUAAGGCACCUCUUUUAUUUAUUCCUGAAAAUAAGAAAUUCUUAAAUGCUGAACUAUGUACUGUCUUGGGUGCAUUAGAAGAACUUUAUGUGCCCAUUCAAUUACGUGAAGAUUUGCCAGAAAAACGUCAACGUGUUGCCAAUUUGUCUGUAAUGAUGGCCAACCCCAAGGCAGAAGAAAUUUUCAAAGAAGCUUUGAUUUUGGAAUCUGGAAGAUUUGUAGCCCGUGAUAUUGGUGUUGGUGAUCCUGAACGUAUGGCACCACCACGCGUUGAAGAGUACAUUUCAAAAUUAUUCGAUGGUCUUAAGGUAACAGUCAUUAGUGAUCCAAAUGUUAUUGCCAAGGAAUACCCAUUGUUUGCAGCUGUUAAUCGUGCUGCCCAUCAAGUGAAACGCCAUCAAGGACGUAUUAUUUUCCUAGAAUAUAAACCACCUCAAACGGCCAAGAAAACUUUGAUGUUAGUUGGUAAGGGUGUUACUUAUGAUACCGGCGGUGCUGAUAUUAAGGCUGGUGGCAUUAUGGCUGGUAUGUCGAGAGAUAAGUGUGGUGCUGCUGCUGUUGCUGGAUUCAUGCAGAUUGUUAAUGAACAAAAACCCGCUGAUGUUCAUGUAAUAGCUGCUUUGUGUUUGGUACGCAACUCGGUGGGCGAGGAAUCCUAUGUCGCUGAUGAAAUCAUUACAUCACGUGCUGGUGUUCGUGUACGUGUUGGCAACACUGAUGCUGAAGGCCGUAUGUGUAUGGCUGAUGCUUUGUGUCGCAUGAAAGAAAUCGCCGUAUCGGAACAAUUACCCGAUCCUCAUCUUUUCACUGUGGCCACUUUAACCGGACAUGCCUGUUUGGCAGCCGGUGAAGGUUAUUCCAUCAUUAUCGAUAACAGUGUUGCACGUGCUGCUGAUCAUGCUCGAAAAUUGCAAGAAAUCGGUACAUCCUUUGGUGAACCCUUCGAAGUAUCUGUUUUACGUCAAGAUGAUUUUGAUUUCAAUUCGGCUAAAGUUAUUGGUGAAGAUAUUGUUCAAUGUAAUAAUGCUGCUUCCUCACGUACGCCCCGAGGUCAUCAAGUACCCGCCGCUUUCCUUAUUCAGACCACCGGUUUGGAAAAUCAUGGUUUGAAUUCGGAGAAACCUUUGAAAUACACCCAUUUGGAUAUUGCCGCCAGUGCUGGAGAGUAUCCUAAAAUGCCAACUGCUGCUCCAAUUGUUGCUUUGGCCAAGGCUCAUUUGUCUUAAGAUGAAAUUGUCUUUAGCUGGAUAUAAAACUAAAGUGAUUUUUGCCAAUCAGUUUAAUUGUUUUCUUUUUUAAUUUCAUAUAAAUAUCGUUUAUUAUUUUUAGUAUUAUGCUUUUUAUUAAUAAAAAAAUUAAUGCAUCACUGUA